CUAUUUUAGAAUCCCCCAAAGUUGCAUUUCUCAGGCCACUUUCGAAUUUGAAGGAAGGGCAAGUGGAAGUUCAACUCCAAGGAACGUAUCAAAAUCACUCUUCCUUGUUUUUCAAAUUCCAAUUUCACUCUUCCUCCUAUUCGUCAUCCAUCAAACGCUUAAAUCCGAGAAGAACCACCAGCUCCGGUUAUUAUCAUCGACCACUGGAGGACGACGUACAACAACUAACAAUUUAUCACAACUGUCGAAGUUUGGUGCUACGUUUUGAUUUUGGAGACUGAUUUUAGCAGGAGUAGUUAGUUAUGGAUGAUCGUGAGGCGUUUAAGAAGAAGAUAAGAAGCUACGUUGAUCAAGUUCGUUUGUAUGAGGAUCCAAAAAGCCAAGAGUCUGCAAGGAAAACUGUUCCUGUGGAUGAGCUUCAAGAGAAAGCGAUAGUAUCUCUGGCCAAGGAGGGAAAGUACGAACCAUCCAAACAGGAACAAGAUCAUGCUUUUUUGUUGCAGCUUCUUUUCUGGUUCAAACAGUCAUUCAGUUGGGUUAAUGCACCUUCUUGUGAGCACUGUGGAGAUACAACAACAUAUCAAGAUAUGGGCAAUCCACUUCCUUCAGAACUUCAGUUUGGCGGUUACCGAGUUGAACUAUAUGGCUGUAAUUCAUGCCAAAAGGUUACCCGUUUCCCACGUUUCAACAAUCCAGUAAAGCUUACUGAAACAAGGAGGGGACGCUGUGGAGAAUGGGCCAAUUGCUUUACAUUCUACUGUCGUGUUUUUGGCUAUGAAUCUCGAUUGAUUCUUGAUCUUACCGAUCAUGUUUGGACCGAGUGCUUCUCCCAUCUUUUAGGGAGGUUUAUGCAUCUAGAUCCCUGUGAAGCAGUGUAUGAUCAACCACUGUUGUAUGAAAAGGGAUGGGAUAAGAAACUAAACUAUGUCAUUGCAAUUUCUAUAGAUGGAGUUCGUGAUGUCACUAAGCGCUACACAAGGAAAUGGAAUGAGGUUUUAUCUCGAAGAAAUAUCAUUACCGAGGAGAUCUUAUCAAAUAUGCUUGCAGAAAUAACACGACAAUGUCGAUCGACCUUUACAUCUCAAUUACUGUCCGAACUUGAAGAUCGUGAUGAAAAAGAAAACCAAGCCCGGGAAAGAAACACUCACACUAUUGAUGAUUCUUCAGUUAUAUUACCUGGAAGACAGAGUGGAGACAAGGAGUGGCGCAAAUCAAGAUUGGAGAUUGCCUCUGAUGAGGAAGGCUCUUUGAGUUCUUCUGCAUGUUCUGUUCGUAAUUGUGUGGAUGAGCAUGUGACAAGGAUUUAUAGUGCAUUUGGUUGUAUUCUAUCUCAACUUCCUGAUGAAGAAUUUUCCAAGUCUGCAACAUUUGAAGUACUUUCAUUUAUUCGAGGGAUUGUAACUGAUCUCAAGAAAUCUGCCUUUAGGACAAGAACAGCUUUAGUAGAUUCAUACUUGGAUGAGACUAAAGCCUUUUCGCAUCGGUUGUUUCCUUCCUUGAAGUGUUUUCUCGGUGUUUUGUCAUUAGACAGUAAUCUGGACAAUGAUGGGAGGGUUGAAAUUUGGUUGGCCAAGGAGCCUGUUUAUACCUCUUUAGCAUUGCCUGUUGCGUUAGAUGCUCUUGAAGAAGUAAUACAAGAUGUUAACAAAUGUGAUAACUUUGGUAGAGCCUUUUUAUGUCUUCCUCGUUUGAAGUUAAACAGAAUUCAUUCUGGCUCAGUCCUUGCAAGUGGCGAGGAACUUCCUUUUGGAAUAGCAACAUCAGCAUUUGAUGGGAUUCGUUCAUCCAAAUGGGAAGAGCCAAAUGGUGCGAAAGGUUGUUGGAUAAUGUACAAGGUAUUUGACAACAAGAUGGAAGAACUGGCUGCAUACGAGUUGAUGUCUGCUAAUGAUGCACCUGAAAGGGAUCCAAUGGAUUGGAUUGUUGAAGGGAGUGAAGAUGGGGGAAGCAGUUGGCAUCUUCUUGAUGAACAAACAAAUCAAAUAUUUGACAACCGUUUCCAACGUAGAAGUUUCUUUGUUACCAAAACUGGUCUCUUAUCAAAUACUUUCAGGUUUAGAUUCUUGGCAGUUCGUGAUGGUGAGGCAACGUCAAGGUUACAGAUUGGUAGCAUUGAUUUGUAUGCUCCAAGUCUUUAACUCAAUAAGCUGAACUAGAGAUUUUCCCAAAAUAAUCAAAUAAGUAAAAGAAAAAUAAACUAAAAUUGGGAGCUGUGUGGAUCUUUUCAAAUCUCUCUAUUGGCAGGAACAAGGAAAUGGCCAAUGGUUUCUACGGGAAUUGCAUGCAACGUUAAAGGUACAAAUUUUAAUUCCUUGGUAUAAACUUUUUACAAACUUUAGAUUAAAAGUUAACUUAAUGAUAAUUGGUAUACAUUGCUUUCAUUGAGAUUUGAAAUUGGAGAUUCGAUCUUCCUCCCUAUAUUAGAAAAAGUAGUGAUGAUAAUAAUAAUAAUAAUAAAAGCAUAACUUUCUAAGUUGGAACUUUGGGAGUAAGUGCUUAAAUCGUAAAGAGAUCACUUGGGAGAAAAUUUUAGGGCCAUUUAGUUUUCUGAUUCUUAGAUUUGGAAGAUUUGAAAUAUAGAGUAUUUACGUUGUAAUAAAAGCAUUCUUAUAAACAUAGUAACUAUUAUUUUAUGAAUGCAUAACUCUUAAUCUAGACA